AUGCGUACCGCAUGGACGGGUCAAAAUGCCAAGAGUAAAUGCAUUGACUUUGGACGCAGACAGUCAUUUCACAGAGUCCAAAUGUACGUCAAAAUGCAGGUACUACGUACUGCAUACCUGGAUAGCAAACAGACCCUGCAUGUGGUGGAUCCAACGCAGGAAUGCGAGACUAUGGUCGAGAUGCUCUGUACCGAGCAUAUGGUUCUCAAAUGA